GCUUCUCGGGGGAGGCGAGAGCGAGUAGCCCACACACUGGGCAGCGUGUGCGGAGGGGUGAUGCCUCCAGAGCGCAUCACUGGACGACAAGACGCCACUGCAAGACGCAGUGCCAGAAGAGAGCAGCUUUGGCACGGGAGCUUGGUUUCCUGCAGUUUGUAGGAGCAGGGGAGGAGGAGGGGAAGAUUCAAAACUACGAAUCCCAAAACAAACAAAGAAAGCGCUGCUCAUGUCGGAAUCCUCCCGAUCAUCUCCAACACGGUGACAAUGUAGCGGGGACAAGCGGCGCGGAUCUCCACCGGUGGAGAGAGAAGUGGGGACGCACGGGCACGGUUAUGAUGAGGGGAUUAAUGCCAAUCUGCAGCAGCGGCGGCGCAUGAAUGGAUAUGUGCAGAAAAAGUGUGGAUAAGUGAGUGACCACAGGAUGGACACUACGGAGGUCAUCCUCUCUGUGUUGGUGGUUGUUAUUAUUAUAGUGUCGUUGUUGUCCAACGUCCUGGUGCUGGUCUGUUUCCUGUACAACCCGGAGAUCCGCAAGCAGGUGCCCGGUCUCUUCAACCUCAACCUCACCUUCUGCAACUUGUUGCUGACCGUGUCCAACAUGCCGCUCACUCUGGUGGGACUCGUCAGCAAGACUCAGCCGGGAGGGGACGGCUUCUGCCAGAGCGUGGGAUUCCUGGAGACCUUCCUGUCCACGAACUCGAUGCUGAGCAUGGCCGCGCUCAGCAUCGACAGGUGGAUCGCGGUGGUGUUCCCGCUGAGGUAUCACUCCAAAAUGCGCCACAAGGACGCGGCGUUUGCGCUCGGCUACACGUGGGCGCACUCCAUGUCCUUCUCCACGGUGGCCACCUGCCUCUCCUGGGUGGGAUACCACCGGCUUUACGCGUCCUGCACCCUGGCCAACCCCAGGGCGAGCAGCCGGACCCAGUUUGUCAUUUUCACCGUGUUUUUCCACUCCUUCACCUUUCUCCUGUCUUUUAUAGUGUUAUGUGUCACUUACCUCAAAGUACUGAAAGUGGCGAGGUUUCACUGUAAAAGGAUCGACGUCAUUACAAUGCAAACUUUGGUGCUGCUGGUGGAUAUACAUCCCAGCGUCCGCCAGCGUUGCCUGGAGGAGCAGAAACGGCGGCGGCAGAGAGCGACGAGGAAGAUCAGCACGUUCAUUGGCACCUUCAUGCUCUGCUUUGCUCCCUACGUGAUCACCAGGAUUGUGGAGUUAUUUCCAGCAGUGCCUAUCAAUCCUCACUGGGGCAUCGUCUCCAAGUGCUUAGCGUACAGCAAGGCGGCGUGUGACCCCUUCGUGUACUCGCUGCUUCGACACCAGUACAGGAAGACGUGCGCCGACAUCAUCAAUAGGCUGCUGAAGCGCGGCUCCUUGAACACGUCCGGCCGCGGCCAAGACAACCAAGUCAGCAGCAUUCCCCACAGUGGAGUGACGGAGAGAGUGGACUGAUAGGAGACGGGGGUCCGAGGGUGGACUUGGCUCUCGGACGACAUGAAGCUGAUUUAUUGUGGAUGAGGAAGAAGAAGACAAAUGUCCGUGUUCUGUAUCUGCCUGAAUCUAAUGUGACAUUUCAAGAAGCGAGCGGCGACACCGACGAGGCACAGGGGCCGCUGUGUUUGCACAGCGAGGGUCCACAGCAGCGCGUCAGUGGAGAGGACGUUUCACAAAUGGCAGAUAGAGCGCUGUGUCUCACAUGUCUCGGGGCCUCACUCAAACACGUACUGAUUUUGCAGUAUGUGUUUGUGUUUUAAGAAUAAAUCACUGUAGUAUAUAUAGUCAUAUUUAAAAAAAAAGAGAGACAGGAGUGGCUGUACGUGUGUUGUAGUCUGUGCAAAGUGUUUGCAAGUGACAAGUAACGCGUCCAUACUGUAUGUAGCACUGAGAACUAGCCUAACCAAAAUUAACUGUGUAUUGUAUAAGUAAUUAAAUAGCCGUAUAAAAAAAAAGAAAGAAGAUGAAAUCAUACAAUACAGCAGAUGGUGCAGCUGCACAGUCUGGCUCAGGUUUAUUUUACACUUGAUCUCUCUCGGUCAGACACAUUCUUAGACGACUUUCAUUUUUCUAAGUGCAUCGCUUUGAAGCACGAGGGCCAGUGGAAGGAAGGCAGGAACAAGCAGGACUUCAUGUUUGCUGUUUGAAGGACUUACUGACCUGGCCAAGCAGAGGUUUAAUGGGAAACAUGGGCCUUGAAAACCAGCUGCCUUUGCUAUCAUGACUGACAUGUGCCCCUCAGGUUGUUUAGUCAACUGGAGCGUGACCAACUGUACUUGUUAUUCACAGAGGGGAGUAAACCCACAGAGACUGCAUCGCUCUCUGCCUCAUAACUUUGAGUAAGAGGGACACAGGGAAGGCAAAUGAAGGCCCACAUGACGUCUGUCACGUGUAAUUGACUGGCGAUCUGUCGUUUGUCUACAGUGAUAGCAGCAAACGGGCAAAAAAAAAAGCAAAAAGAAUCCUUUUCCUGAAGUGAGUGCAGCAGUAUCAUGAAUAUUACUGCCACCUUUUCUUUUUCACAAUGUUAUUUGUUGCAAUUACUGAAUCGGACGUUGGCGAGACCACAUGAAGGCAAUGAUCGCUCUCAUAAUCGAGAAUCAUUUCUAGUUCUUGGGCCUCCAGGCGGAGAGGCACACUUAAAAAUGAAUAACUGAUCAGUUUAUGAUUACAUCACUCACGUACAUUUGAAAGGUCAGUGGGUGAUAACAAACUAGUUUACGAGGCUAAAUAUGAUCACCGGGAAUGGGUAUGCUCCACAGUGCGGUUCCAUUUCAAUAUUGAGGUUGCUGUUGAAAGGAUUUAAGGAUGUAAAAUGAACUAUCUUCAUCGUUUCUACCUCAAGAGGUGGUGUUGUUUUUUUUAAAAAAGGGAGUGGGUAGGAUGUAACAAAAAGCAAUAGUUUUACCACAUUUUAAUAACACUUACAUCUGCAUAAGCUAUUAGAAAAUACACACUAUACAUUUAACAUGAUUUCAUCAUGAGUACAGUAGAGUCCUAAAAGAUGAAGCGAAAUCUGAAAUAACAUAAUAAUUGAACUUAAAAUCCCACAAACAACGUAUCAAUGAAUAAAUAUUCCCUCAUUUCAAAGUGGAGACCAUAGUCUUUGUUUACAUGAAACAUUCAUAUCACUAAUUCUCCACCCGUGUGUUUAGAUGUAUUCAUGGAAAUCAGAGAGACAGCUUUCAUAGUAUUUGAUUUAUAAGAAGAGAUACAUGGCAACCAAUAAUAAACAUCCAGUGUUAGUCGUGUAUUUGUCGUAUAUUAGAGUUUUCCAAUGCGAUGUGUAGCUACUGAAGGACGACAUUACCACAGAUUUACAUGAACUCUAAAUUCAUCCAUAAUUCUACAUAUUUAAGUCAAAUCGUGAAGACGGGCGACUCACUCCGUGUUGUGUCUGCCGUGUUACGCCCACUUUUUUCUGUAUCAGAAGACAGGCAGCUCUGUAUCAGAGAGCUUUUGACCGGGUUCCACUUAAGAGUUGACGUCAUUUAGGAGAAGGUGCUUCAAAAAAAACAAAAAAAGCAUAUUAUAUAUUAUAUAUUGUACUGUUGUAUUUUGAAAGUUCAUUUUACAGGACGUAUGACUUUUCCGUGCAUUUGUACACCUUGUGUUUAGUGUUUCGUGUGAGCAUGCAGGGCGGGUUUAUAAGGGACAUAUUGUGUGUAUUUACAAUUGAAACAUACACAGUGCCAAAAUUCCAAAAAACAUUAAAAGGCCAAUUGAAAUACCCAAUUCCUAAUUAAUAAUUUAUAUUAUUAUUAUUGUUAUUGUUAUUUUGUGUCCACACUUAUUAGCAUUUAUGAUAACACAGAUGGGAGAUGUUUGUUUAUGUCAUAUUUAUUGUGUGUUACUGUAUGGCACACCAAGACAUCAGAUGCCUUAAAAAAUUUAAUAUAUAGUGUUUAAGAGUUGUUGUUUUUUUCCUUUCAACAUGGCAUUUACUGACAGUAAAAAAAAUAAUCAUGGCCUUAUUCCCUUCAGUUCAUUAACAUUAACAAGGAAGAGUAUUAGGGCCACAUGUAAACAAAAUUGAAAGAAAGAAAAAAGGAAGAAGAAUUCUCAGAGAAAAAAGUCAGAAUUCUGAGAAUUCUGAG